AUGUCGAUUUACCAGGACAUGAUCGGUCAACUCCCCAUUCUAAAUACAUAUAACCAUGGCACUCUGGGUUUCAAGCUAGACAGCGAGACUCCUCAAGACAGCAUCAUAGAAGCAUUGAAGACUGCUGCUGACAAGCUCACAGCAAGCUUUCCAUGGCUAGCCGGUGCCGUAAUCAACGAGGGUCGUGAAUCGGGCAAUUCCGGACUGUUCAAGCCUCUUCCGUGGCCUCCAACAGCCACUUCUUCGAAUAGCAUCGUGCGCAUUAAGGAUUAUAGAGAGAAUCUUCCAGCCUUCGCGGAUUUCGUCAAAUCCGGGGCGCCGUGCUCAAUGAUCGAUGGCAAGCUAAUUGCCCCCUACCCUGGAUUUCCGGUUAGUUAUCAGGGCUCUCCCGAGAACCCGGCGCCGAUUAUCGCGAUCCAGGCCAACUUUGUGCAGGGUGGACUGCUGCUGAAUUUCUCCGCCCAGCACAAUGUCAUUGAUGCCAGUGGCAUGAUGCAAGUCAUCCAACUGUUUGCAACAGCCAUGCGAGGAGACGAAUACUCUCUCUCAGCUGUAGAGGAGGGCAAUAGAGAUCGAACACGGGUGAUUCCCCUGAUUGCCCCGGGCAACCCAAUUAAGGAUCACAAUCAUCUCAAGCUUCCAGAGGGUUUCACUCGACCCGUACCUUCCUCUGGGACCAUGAUGCCAAAAUGGGCGUAUUUCCUCUUGGACGGAUUGGCCAUUCCCGGCAUCAAGGCCCUCGCCUCCAGUCCCGAGGGAUAUGACCCUGCAGUCCCUUAUAUUACCAGCAACGACGCGUUGAGCGCUUUCUACUGGAAGAUCUUAGCCGGGGUACGCGUACGUAAUGGCCGGUCGCCAGAUGCUCUCUCCAAAUUCGGGCGUGCCGUUGACUCUCGGCGGGCAAUGGGUGUCUCACAUGAGUAUAUGGGCCACAUGGUAUACCACUCCGGGACGCGGAUGACCAUGAAGGAGCUCGAGGAAGCUCAUAUCUCAUCCAUUGCCUGCAAACUGCGGAAAAGUCUCAACGACAUCAAUAACGAGUUCUCCGUCCGCAGCUACGCGACAUACAUCGCUAACCAACCUGACAAGACGCAGGUCAUGUACGGAGGAAUGUACAACCCAGACACUGACGUUGGCGCGUCGGCCGUACCUAACGCGGACUUCUUCCAUUCAUUUGGCUCUCUGCUCGGGGUGCCGCAUUUUGCCCGACGUCCGAAUCUUGCGCCAAUUCCUGGUUGUAUCUAUUUCAUGCCUGCGGAAGGUCAAUUUGUGCCUGUUCUUGUGUGUUUGAGGGAUGAUGACUUGGAGGGGUUGAGGACGCAUCAGGAGUGGAACAAAAUUACCAAAUAUGUUGGUUAA